CUCAACCCUUACAACUCACCCUCACUUCCUCCUCGGUCACCGCUGACUCCAGACAAGAUGAGCUACGUCGCCAAGGACAAGGAUGUUGACGCAUCCGCCCCCUCUGCCAAGAUCCACCGAAUUCGCAUCACCCUCACCUCGCGAAACGUAAAGAACCUCGAAAAGGUUUGCAACGACCUCAUCUCUCGAUCCAAGGACAAGCAACUCCGAACCAAGGGACCCGUAAGGCUCCCUACCAAGGUCCUCACCCACGUCACUAGGAAGUCUCCUUGUGGUGAGGGUUCCAAGACUUGGGACAGGUUCGAGAUGAGGAUCCACAAGAGGCUCAUCGACCUGCACUCUCCCUCGGAGAUCGUCAAGCAGAUCACCUCCAUCUCUCUCGAGCCCGGAGUUGAGGUUGAGGUCACCAUCCUCUCCACCAACUAAGCUUCUCGCCAAGAGAAAGCCUGCGCCUUUUACACUGCCUCUUCUUUGCUUUGGAAUGGACGAUGCCCACUUUGACGUCCAGCCAUACCAGAUCCGUUCACUCUGAUUUGGUCUUCACCAAGGCGAAUAUUUGAGAAGGGUAGAGAGGGAUGUCAGGGAAGCAAGACCCCUUAGUUGUCCUCACGUUUCAGCGGAGGGUGUGUGCAUGUAAUUCGGUGUAGGGGAACAAUCAAAGAGGAACAGCUGGAAGGAUCGUUGGAUAUAACGAUUCCCAUGGCUCCCGUCUGCUUCUCCCUGCAUCAAAAACAAUGGCAUACCAUUUCCGUCCCCCCUUGCCCUAAACCUUGCAAACACUGACCUGACCGAGCGACCGACCGACCGUGUGCGUUCUUGUCCACUGUGUGAACAGAUCUUUGUGUCAG